CUCCAUUCUAGGUUCUCUCGGGCGCGGCAAGAAUGUGGAUGCUCCAGCAGCAAGCGGCGAUGCCCUCCUCCGGAUUUGCGCCUCCUCCAGCUCGCAUUCUCUCGCCCGGCUCCUGGCGCCUCUGCUCGAUCAAGCGAUCCAUCGCGGUGAGAGCGAAAUCCUCUGGCGUCGAUACCCUGUCGCCCGCUUCCAAGCCGAUUUCUUCCGAUCGUCGCUCCUGGGAUCCUACUCUCAGUGAAGCCGAUCCCGAGAUGUUUAAAAUCAUCGGAUCGGAGAGGCAGCGGCAAUUCCGUGGCUUAGAGCUCAUUGCCUCGGAGAAUUUUACGUCCCGAGCUGUGAUGGAAGCUGUUGGUUCGUGCUUGACAAACAAGUACUCGGAAGGGCUUCCUGGGAAAAGGUACUACGGUGGCAAUGAAUACAUUGAUGAAAGCGAGACUUUAUGCCAGAAGAGAGCCCUCCAUGCUUUCAACCUUGAUCCCGUUAAAUGGGGUGUUAAUGUCCAGCCGCUGUCUGGCUCGCCGGCAAAUUUUGCAGUCUACACAGCGCUUUUGCGUCCCCAUGACCGUAUUAUGGGACUAGAUCUUCCACACGGCGGACAUUUGUCCCAUGGCUUUAUGACCGAGAAGAGGAGAGUGUCAGCAACAUCGGUGUACUUCGAAUCCAUGCCAUAUCGCCUCAACGAAGCAACAGGUAUAGUGGACUACGAUAAGCUCGAAGAAAAUGCUGCCGUGUUCAGGCCAAAACUUAUUAUAGCUGGCGGUAGUGCUUAUCCAAGGGAAUUCGACUAUGCCCGGAUGCGGAAGGUGGCAGACAGCGUUGGUGCCUUCUUGAUGAUGGAUAUGGCUCAUAUCAGCGGGCUCGUGGCUGCGGGUCAACUUGCAAACCCUUUUGAGUAUUGUGAUGUGGUUACAACUACUACUCACAAGUCUUUAAGGGGCCCUCGUGGAGGAAUGAUAUUUUUCAGGAAAGAUCCAGUUUUGGGGCUGGACUUGGAAACCUCUAUAAACAAUGCAGUAUUUCCGGGUCUGCAGGGCGGGCCUCACAAUCACACCAUUGCUGGACUGGCGGUGUGCCUGAAGCAUGCUGCAACCGAAGAAUUCAAGCAGUAUCAAAAGCAGGUGAUUGCGAAUUGUCAAGCGCUUGCAAAAACGCUGAUGGACUUGGGAUUUACGCUCGUGUCUGGCGGAACCGAAAAUCACCUAGUCCUUGUUGAUUUGCGUCCUUUGGGAAUUGACGGUGCCAGAGCUGAAAAAGUCCUGGAUCGUGCUUCCAUCACACUCAACAAAAACUCUGUACCAGGGGACAAGAGUGCGUUAGUUCCAGGCGGUGUACGCAUCGGCACACCCGCAUUGACAACGAGAGGACUCAAGGAAGAUGACUUCAUCAAAGUGGCGGGAUUCAUUCACGAAGGCGUCCAAAUCGCCCGACAGCUCAAGGAAACAGUAAAGCAAGGGAAAAUGAAAGAGUACGUCCAGGCACUCGAAUCUCAAGACUCUCCGGUCCAGGCGAGCAUAGCUGAUCUACAAAACCGAGUGGAAGCGUUCGCCAAACAGUUUCCCAUACCUGGAGUAGGCACAGAAGAGCUAGUGCAUUGACUCUUAACGUUCUGGUAAAGGUAUGUGUGGAGUGUGUGUCCGGUAAGAGGCUUCCAACGUGUUACUCUUGUUAAGGA